CAGCAUAACAUACAGCUCUACGAACUGUGCACGUGAGAUUGAUUGACGGAACUUCGCAAAUAUCUUAGUCUAAAAAAUCUGCGAAUGCCGGAGCUAUGUUAGCAUUAUGGCAGUAUUUUCGAAUUUAGAAGAAGCGUUUAUUCUUAAGGCGAUCCAAGAGUCUCAGAGACUCGAUGGACGUCAACCUUAUGAUUACAGAAGGCUCAAGAUAGAAUUUGGUGGAGAGAGGGGAUGUUGUAUGGUUCAUAUGGGUGAUACAAGGAUUUUAGCCCAGGUAUCAUGUGAAGUUGUUGAACCUAAAGAAAACAGACCAAAUGAAGGUCAACUCUUUGUGAACCUUGAACUCUCACCUAUGGCAUCAACUACAUUUGAAGCAGGAAGGUUAUCAGAUUAUGGAGUAGAACUGAACAGAUUAUUGGAAAGGACUGUUAAAGAUUCAAGAGCUUUAGAUGUUGAAUCAUUAUGCAUUGUUGCUGGUGAAAAGGUUUGGAAAAUAAGACUAGAUGUGCAUGUGUUGAACCAUGAUGGUAAUAUAUUAGACUCAGCCUGCAUAGCAGCCAUCGCUGCUCUCUCACACUUCAGAAGACCAGAUGUGACAGUUAUAGGAGAGAGUGUAACUAUCCAUUCUCCUCAAGAUCGUGAUCCUGUCCCUCUUAAUGUUCAUCAUAUACCUGUUUGUGUUACAUUUGCAUUCUAUCACCAAGGGUCUCGAUUACUUGUUGAUCCAACGGAGAAGGAAGAGAGAGUAAUGGAAGGUACAAUGGUCGUUGGUAUGAAUGUUCAUAGAGAGCUCUGUACUAUGCAGGUUACAGGAAGUAUGCUCAUACUUAAAGAACAGAUCAUGCGAUGUUGUCAGAUUGCUGUGGUAAAAGUAGGAGAACUUACAGAUCUCAUCAAACUAGCUUUGGAGAAGGAUAAAACAGCAAGAGCUGAAGGUAAGAAGUUUGGUUUUGCUGAAUCCCAUCCAAAGAAAUCAAUCACAAGUCGAGUCAUUCCUGAACAGACCGUUGAUACGUCAGACAUUGCAGAUGAAGUCAAUCAGAUCAUGGAGACGACUGAACCACCUGAACAAGUAUCCAGCAAGUUAGAGAUCAAAAAGCCUGGCUUGGGACAGAUAGGAGAAGGGUUAAGAAACUCUUGGUUUGAUGAUGAUGGUGAUGAAGAGGAAGAAAAGAAUGGAAAGGAGGAGGAUGAAGAUAUGGAAGGGAUAGUAUCAGAAGAAGAAGAGGAGAUUGUGAUAAAACCUGUAGCUAAAGAGAAAAGAAAAGGAAAAUCCAAGGAUUAUGAUUCAGAGAGUGAAGAAGAAGAAACGUUCACAUUAGAUAAUGCAGAGCUUGAUAUUGUUCCUAGGUCAAAGUCAUUAAAAACUUCAGAGGAAUUGGAUCUUACUUCAGCAUUAAAGAAACCAUCAGAGAAGAUUAAAACUGGAGGAAACGUCAAAUCUAAGGGAGGGAAGAAGAAAUGGAAGAAAGGACAAAAUAUCAAAGAUAGGCCAUGAGAAAUUUACAACCGGAUGACAAAUAUAAAACAGGAACUAUUAUGAGAAAUACAGAAGAGAAACUGAUCAUAUGAAUGAGACUUUGGAGUACUGUGAAGCUGAUAUAUACUGCUUUAGAUGGGAAGAAUCAGAUGACUAGAUAUUUUAGGAGGUUCAUAUGGCUGGUUUGAUGAGCAAUAAAACUUCUUCUCUAUGAAUGCAAGAAGAUAAUGAUAUUAUGUCACAAGACUUGCACUAUUGCUAAACCUGCUAUGCCAUCUCUAGAUGAGGUGUGUAAAGGAACGUUGAAAAUCAGAUGGGUAAAUUGCCUGUUUCUUGAUUGUGUAAACAAGGCAUUUUAUAUUGGGUUGAAUAGAUUGUUCAGAAAGCUUUAAAAGGGAAGAAACAAAUGGCUGGAUUGAUAUGACAAAAGAUGAAGACUGAGUAACUGAUUACAUCUCAAGAUAAGCUUUAGUAGCAUGAUAUAACAUGUCAUGAUGACCUCAACCCCAGCUGAUCUUUGAAUCCUGACCAAGAAUAAGCUAAAAGGAAUUUUGAUAGCAUUCUUAUCUACUGGAUUUCAUUUAUUCAAGAUCAUUCCUGAGAUGUUACAGCAAUUCACCCUCCCUCUUUUUGCUAGGCUUUUACCAGUAAAAGGGAGAGGUAAGCAUAAUGCUAAAGUAUGGAGGGAGAUCAUAGAGUUUUACUAAAUGUUCUCAGACCCAGAUGCGCAUCUUGCUAUGCAUCACUUUUAGUCAGACUUAAUUAUCUGUGAAACACCCC